AUGAUGGAGAUAGAAGAACAGGAACAAACAUGGAGGAAGAACUUUUACUUGGAAUUACCAAAAGUGGAACUUCAUGCCCACUUGAAUGGAUCCAUUAGUUCUAAAACCAUGAGGAAAUUAAUAGCCAAGAAGCCAGAUCUUAAAAUCCACGAGUGGAUGACUAUGAUUGACAAGGGAAAGAAGAGAACUUUAGAAGAAUGUUUCCAGAUGUUUCAACUUAUUCAUCAGCUUACUUCUAGUCCUGAAGAUAUUCUAAUGAUUACAAAAGAUGUUAUUAAAGAAUUUGCAGAUGAUGGUGUCAAGUACCUGGAACUAAGGAGCACACCCAGAAGAGAAAAUGCCACUGGAAUGACUAAAAAGACUUAUGUGGAAUCUAUACUUGAGGGUAUAAAACAGUCCAAACAAGAAAACAUGGACAUUGACGUUAGGUAUUUGUUAGCAAUCGACAGACGAGGUGGGCCUUUAGUAGCCAAGGAGACUGUUAAACUUGCUGAAGAAUUCUUCCUUUCUACUGAGGAGACAGUCCUUGGCCUUGACCUCAGUGGAGACCCUACAGCUGGACAAGCAAAAGACUUCUUGGAACCUCUUUUGGAAGCUAAAAAAGCAGGUCUGAAGUUGGCAUUGCAUCUUUCAGAGAUUCCAAACAAAAAAAAAGAAACACAAAUGCUCUUGGAUCUAAUUCCUGACAGAAUCGGGCAUGGGACAUUUCUUAACUCCUCUGAAGGAGGAUCCCUGGAAUUGGUAGACUUUGUGAGGCAACAUCGGAUACCACUGGGUAAGGCUUAG